CGCCCGGCUCCUGCCCCUGGCCCCCGGCCCGCUCCCGGCCUCGUCAUGCAGCCACCGGCUCGCGAGCAGGACGCCCGCACUAAGAGCAUGUUCGUGUCGCGGGCCCUGGAGAAGAUCCUGGCCGAGAAGGAGGCGAAGCGGCCCCCGCACGGGCAGCUGCGGACCGCCUGCCAGGUGGCGCUGGAUGAAAUAAAAAGUGAGCUGGAAAAGCAAAGAGAAGGCACUGCUGCUCCACCAAAAGCAAAUUUCAUUGAAGCAGAUAAAUAUUUCCUUCCAUUUGAGCUGGCCUGCCAGUCGAAGUCUCCACGCAUCGUCAGUACUUCCCUGGAUUGUUUACAGAAACUCAUUGCAUAUGGGCAUAUCACUGGCAAUGCUCCGGACAGCGGAGCUCCUGGGAAACGACUGAUCGACCGAAUAGUGGAAACCAUUUGCAAUUGCUUUCAGGGUCCUCAAACAGAUGAAGGAGUACAGCUGCAGAUAAUUAAGGCUCUUCUCACUGCAGUAACAUCUCCUUAUAUAGAAAUUCAUGAAGGAACAAUUCUUCAAACUGUUAGAACCUGCUACAACAUCUAUCUGGCCAGUAAAAAUCUUAUUAACCAGACAACUGCCAAAGCUACACUGACACAGAUGUUAAAUGUCAUUUUUACACGGAUGGAAAAUCAAGCUCUGCAGGAGUCCAGAGAAGCAGAGCGAGCGCAGAAGACGCAGUCCCCCGCGGUGGCAGGGCCACGGUCCCCACGGCCGGGGCAGCGGCAGCACAGCCCCUGGGGAGGCAGAGCUGGCACCGCCGGCACCGUGCUGGCCAACGGGGAGGCCAGCCACAGGGAGCCUGGCAUUGGAGAGCCUGGGCACGGAGAGGCCAACCACAGAGAGGCCAGGCACGGGGAGCCUGGCAUUGGAGAGCCCGGGCACGGGGAGCCUGGCAUUGGAGAGCCUGGGCACAGCGAGCUGCCACGGGCCCCCGCCCUGCCAGCAGCAGAAGAAACAAUUGAUGGAGGAAAGGAAAUGGUUCAAGGCAUUUUGGAAGAUGUGGUGGAGUCAGCUGUGAAAGUGGCUGAAGAAAAGCAGGUAAUAGAACCUGUCAAGGCUCUGCCUGCAGUAGAGACUGCAGAUACUCUUCUUUCUGGCUCUAGCAGUGAAAAUGUACAAACAAAUGGGAUUUCAGAUGAUGGACAGUCUGUUUCCUCCACUGAUAAUCUGGAAACAGAUGUAUCUGGACAUCAAGCUGCUUCCAGAUUUUCCCAUGUUCUACAAAAGGAUGCCUUCCUUGUGUUCAGGUCAUUGUGCAAGCUCUCCAUGAAGCCGUUGGGGGAAGGACCACCAGAUCCCAAAUCCCAUGAAUUGCGUUCCAAGGUUGUGUCUCUCCAGCUCCUUCUCUCAGUGCUGCAGAAUGCUGGUCUGGUUUUCAGGACACAUGAGAUGUUCAUCAAUGCAAUCAAGCAAUACCUUUGUGUAGCAUUAUCUAAAAAUGGAGUCUCUUCUGUUCCUGAUGUGUUUGAGCUCUCUCUUGCCAUCUUCCUCACACUGCUUUCAAAUUUUAAGACCCAUUUAAAAAUGCAGAUUGAGGUGUUCUUCAAAGAGAUCUUCCUGAAUAUUCUAGAGACUUCUUCAAGUUCCUUUGAACACAAAUGGAUGGUGAUUCAGACUUUAACUAGAAUCUGUGCAGAUGCCCAGUGUGUAGUGGAUAUUUAUGUUAACUAUGAUUGUGAUUUAAAUGCUGCUAAUAUAUUUGAACGUCUUGUAAAUGAUUUGUCCAAAAUCGCACAGGGACGAAGUGGGCAUGAGUUGGGAAUGACACCUUUACAGGAGCUAAGCCUGAGGAAAAAAGGACUUGAAUGUUUGGUUUCUAUUUUAAAAUGUAUGGUAGAAUGGAGCAAAGACCUUUAUGUGAACCCAAAUCAUCAGGCUAGCUUGGGUUCAUAUAAACCAUCUGACCAGGAAAUGGCUGAAGGUAAAUGCCUGGACGCAGGAGGGAGACGGAGUAGUGUCAGUUCCUUGGACUCCACUGUAUCGUCAGGAGUUGGAAGUGUUGGUACCCAGACUGCUGUCCCAGAUGAUCCAGAGCAAUUUGAAGUCAUCAAGCAACAAAAGGAAAUAAUUGAACAUGGGAUAGAACUGUUUAAUAAAAAACCAAAGAGAGGAAUACAGUACCUACAGGAGCAGGGAAUGCUUGGCAGUACAGCAGAGGACCUGGCACAAUUCCUGCACCAAGAGGAACGCCUCUGCUCUACUCAAGUAGGGGAAUUCCUUGGGGAAAGCAGCAAGUUUAACAAGGAAGUCAUGUAUGCCUACGUAGAUCAGCUUGAUUUCUGUGGAAAAGAUUUUGUCUCUGCUCUGCGUAUAUUUCUGGAAGGUUUUCGUCUGCCAGGUGAAGCCCAGAAGAUUGAUAGAUUAAUGGAGAAGUUUGCUGCUAGAUACAUUGAAUGCAACCAACGGCAAACACUAUUUGCUAGUGCAGACACUGCCUAUGUUUUGGCAUACUCCAUUAUAAUGCUGACUACAGACUUGCACAGUCCACAGGUAAAAAAUAAAAUGACAAAGGAGCAGUACAUUAAAAUGAAUCGAGGAAUCAAUGACAGUAAAGACCUGCCAGAAGAGUAUUUAUCCACAAUCUAUGAAGAAAUAGAAGGAAAGAAAAUUGCAAUGAAAGAGACAAAAGAAUACGCUAUUACAACCAAGUGUAGUAAACCAAGUGUAGCUAAUGAGAAGCAGCGGAGGUUGUUGUACAACUUGGAGAUGGAACAAAUGGCAAAGACGGCCAAAGCCCUCAUGGAGGCAGUGAGCCACGCAAAGGCACCUUUCACCAGCGCCACUCACCUGGAUCAUGUCAGGCCCAUGUUCAAACUUGUCUGGACUCCACUGCUGGCAGCUUACAGUGUUGGCUUGCAGAACUGUGAUGACACAGAAGUCGCAUCCCUGUGUUUGGAAGGAAUACGCUGUGCCAUUAGGAUAGCCUGUAUCUUUGGAAUGCAGCUUGAACGAGAUGCUUAUGUACAGGCCCUUGCUCGUUUUUCCUUGUUGACUGCCAGUUCCAGCAUUACAGAAAUGAAACAGAAGAACAUCGAUACUAUUAAGACACUCAUUACAGUUGCUCACACAGAUGGCAACUAUCUUGGCAAUUCUUGGCAUGAGAUCUUGAAGUGUAUUAGCCAGCUGGAACUGGCACAGCUCAUAGGAACUGGCGUGAAAACUCGAUAUUUGUCUGGUUCUGGGCGUGAGAGGGAAGGCAGCGUUAAGGGCUAUGCUUCUGCAGGAGAAGAGUUUAUGAGCCUGGGAUUAGGGAACCUCGUUGGGAGUGGUGCUGACAAGCGGCACAUGGCGAGCAUCCAGGAGUCCGUAGGGGAGACCAGCUCACAGAGUGUGGUGGUGGCAGUAGACAGGAUAUUCACGGGCUCCACGAGGCUGGACGGGAAUGCCAUAGUUGACUUCGUGCGGUGGCUGUGUGCGGUGUCCAUGGACGAGCUGGCGUCCCCGCACCACCCGCGCAUGUUCAGCCUGCAGAAGAUCGUGGAGAUCUCCUAUUACAACAUGAACCGCAUCAGGCUGCAGUGGUCCAGGAUUUGGCAUGUGAUUGGAGAUCACUUCAAUAAGGUUGGGUGUAACCCUAACGAAGAUGUUGCCAUCUUUGCCGUAGACUCAUUAAGGCAGCUGUCAAUGAAAUUUCUUGAGAAGGGAGAGUUAGCCAACUUCCGCUUCCAGAAAGACUUCCUAAGGCCUUUUGAGCAUAUUAUGAAGAAAAACAGAUCUCCAACUAUUCGAGACAUGGUGAUCCGCUGUAUUGCUCAGAUGGUGAACUCUCAAGCUGGUAACAUUCGUUCAGGCUGGAAAAAUAUCUUUGCAGUUUUUCAUCAAGCAGCAUCAGACCACGAUGGGAAUAUCGUAGAGCUGGCAUUUCAGACCACAGCACACAUAGUUACAAAUAUUUUUCAGCAGCAUUUUCCAGCAGCAAUUGACUCAUUUCAGGACGCAGUAAAAUGCCUCUCUGAGUUUGCCUGUAACGUUGCCUUCCCGGACACCAGCAUGGAAGCCAUCAGGCUUAUUCGCUAUUGUGCAAAAUAUGUCUCAGAAAGACCACAGGUAUUAAGGGAAUACACAAGUGAUGACAUGAAUGUGGCUCCUGGGGACAGAGUGUGGGUCAGAGGAUGGUUUCCUAUUUUGUUUGAACUUUCCUGCAUCAUCAAUCGUUGCAAGUUAGAUGUUCGUACAAGAGGCUUAACAGUGAUGUUUGAAAUCAUGAAGAGUUACGGGCAUACCUUUGAAAAGCACUGGUGGGAAGACCUGUUUAGAAUUGUGUUUCGGAUUUUUGAUAAUAUGAAACUCCCUGAACAACAAACGGAGAAAUCGGAGUGGAUGACCACGACGUGCAACCACGCCCUUUAUGCCAUCUGUGAUGUGUUCACGCAGUUCUAUGAGGCUUUGCACGAGAUCCUUCUUCCUGACAUACUUGCACAGUUACAUUGGUGUGUAAAACAAGAUAACGAGCAGUUGGCACGAUCAGGUACAAACUGCCUGGAAAACCUGGUAAUACUCAAUGGACAGAAAUUCAGCCCUGAAGUCUGGGGCCAGACAUGCAAUUGUAUGCUAGAAAUCUUCAAAACAACUAUUCCUCAUGUCUUGCUGACGUGGAAGCCUGUAGGAAUGGAGGAAGAUUCAUCUGAAAAACACCUGGAUUUGGACCUAGAUCGCCAGUCUUUAAGCAGCAUGGAUAAAAAUGCCUCUGAAAGAGGACAAAGCCAAUACUCAAAUCCAACAGAUGAGAGCUGGAAAGGUGGUCCUUAUGCAAACCAAAAACUAUUUGCUGGCCUCCUGAUCAAGUGUGUGGUACAGCUGGAGUUGAUACAGACCAUUGAUAACAUAGUGUUCUAUCCAGCAACAAGCAAGAAGGAAGAUGCUGAGCACAUGGCUGCAGCUCAGCGAGACACAUUGGAUGCAGAUAUCCACAUUGACACAGAAGACCAAGGAAUGUAUAAAUACAUGUCUUCACAUCACCUUUUUAAGUUAUUGGAUUGUCUGCAAGAGUCUCACUCGUUUUCAAAAGCCUUUAAUUCAAAUUAUGAGCAGAGAACUGUGUUAUGGAGAGCAGGGUUCAAGGGUAAAUCAAAACCCAAUCUCUUAAAACAAGAGACCAGCAGCCUGGCGUGCUGCCUGAGGAUCCUGUUCCGCAUGUAUGUGGACGAGAGCCGGCGGGAGGCGUGGGCCGCGGUGCAGCAGCGCCUGCUCAGCGUGUGCAGUGAAGCCUUGGCGUAUUUUAUUACUGUCAACUCGGAAAGCCACAGAGAAGCCUGGACCAACCUCCUGCUGUUGCUUUUGACAAAAACACUAAAAAUCAGUGAUGAUAAGUUCAGGGCACACGCUUCCACCUAUUACCCGUUCCUGUGUGAGAUCAUGCAGUUCGACCUGAUCCCCGAGCUGCGGGCGGUGCUGCGGAGGUUCUUCCUGCGCAUCGGGGUGGUGUUCAACAUCUGCAUCACCGAGCAGCAGGCGCGCACAGCUGGGAUGCACCUGCCUUCCUGCUAGCUCUGCCUGGGGCUGUCGCAGCGGCCUGUGCGCACAGCCAUGGCCAGAGGUGGAUUGAAGCACGUGGGAAAAGAUGGGACCCUGGUCUAUCACCACAGGAACAAGUUAUUCUUACCACAAUGGCAUUUGGGUUCUGUCCAUCCUACAGAAGUAUCAGCAGUUUUAUUUAAAUUCUUGCUUACAGAGUCAAUACAGUAGUGUGCAGUCUCUUUGUUUCAAUGCUAAUCAUUUGUGUGAUCCAGUGUGUCUCUUGUAGUGUUUUAUCCGCUGCUUGGUCUUUCAUCCCAGCUAGAGCUGAUAAACCAGCUGGAUCUCUCCACAGAAGUUAUGCCCCUUGGAACUAAUGACUCUAUUUGUGUAGCCUUGUGAUGUUGGCACAUGUUCAUAAUAAACUCGACUGUGGUGGCCAGUGACCACCCUGGGUGAGAUCCGUCUGGGUUUUCCUUUUGUCCAGGACCAGGCCAGGGAGGGCACUGGGCUGUUGAAGUGGACAGCCUGUAGGAUGCUUGGAGAAGGUUUUCUUCCUGUUGAGCAAAUGACUUAAUUUUUUUUUUUAAUAUCAGUACUGCAUCUUCUGAGACUUAUUUUUAGUUUUAUGGAAGAUUUUACCUCAGGAGCAACAAUAGCAUCUACUCCUUUAUUAGGCUUGAGUUAAAGGCAUUUAAGAAAAAGAAAAGGCUUUCCUUUUCCUUUCAUACAUUGGCAGAUCGUGGACAGGGCAUACACAUCAAAAACAAGGCUCAGAACAAAUAAACACGCCUUUUUGGAUAUAAUGUGUUUAGCAGUAAUGGUAACUGCUUAGCAAAAAGUCCAGUCCUCAACACAAGCUUGUCUCCUUUUACUGCAGAUAUGCAAGUUCUGGUUUGUCAUUUUGUGCAAAUGAUUUUUGUUCUCAACUCUUAGUUCCUAGUGGCAUCUAAAAAAACCCGAAUUUCCAAAAAACUGCUCUAGCAAAAUCAAACAAGUUCAUUCAUGUGCUCCAAGUUACAAAAACAAUUCUGUGCUUUGAAGGCUGUGAAGCAAAAUGUGACAUGACACCACAGCUUUGCUUGCCUAAGAGUUUUUUUUCUUUCCUUACAAUGCAUCAGAUUUCUGUGACAAUGUUUCCAUGACAGUGCUGUCCUGGCCUUUGAAAUAUUUUUAAAUUUCAAGUUUCAAGACUUCUCUAAACCAGGAAAGUAUGGCAGGAUGGGAGGAGAGGCUCCACUUCCUAAAAUAAUGCAGUGUUAUAUUAACUGCUGUGCUAUCCAGAGUAGCAAACUUAAAAUAUUAACAGUAUUUAAAGAAAAAACCAAACCAACAAACAGCAACAACAACCUACCUACUUGAAUGGAACCAAGUGUAUAACAUUAUUUUGUGUUUUGAGUUGAGUUUCCUGGCAGGAUGGCCUCAGGUGAGGUUGUCUCGGGAUAUGCUGCUCUGAGAUACUGGAAAUGUGGUGCUUUUUUUUUUUUUUUUUUUUUUUUUUCCUGAUUGUUUGUUUGUCUUUUUGUGAUCUGUUUCCAAAGGGUUUUCAUGGUGCUGCUCAAUACAUCAGUUUGCCCUGGGUAAGCAUUGCUUGGGAAAGGUUUUACAGUCAGUAGCAGUGACAAAGCUUUCACCAUUUAUUUUCACUUUUUAUUUUUAACCAAAGAACAGUAAGUGGUAGUUGUGGCUCUUUGACUUUUAAAUGCCCAUUAAGUUAAAUCUAUACACUGCUAUUUAGUAGAAGGGAGUGAAUGGCUAUGACAAUAGGAGAAGACUGAAAAAUAAGCAAUGCUGGUAUUUAACUUGCUGCAUUCGAAAUAUCCUUUGUGUUGCAUCUCAUGCAGCUGCUCAUUCCUUGGGAAUGUCACUGCAUCGGGUACUGCAGAAAAUGAAAUAUUUAUUCUAAUUCUAUUUAAAUCUGUAAUGAUAUGCUAUUCCUUUUCUUCUAGUCGUAGGUAGUCCUAAGGAAAACACUUGAACCAUUAUUUUUCAGAUUUGGAAUGUGUUCCCUCAUGUCCCAUUAGACACCUGGCCCAGCUGCAUGUUCCUGUGUGUGUCACAGGUGUGAAAGCCCUACAGUCAUGUCUUGAAACAAGUCUCAAUUCUGAGGUCUUAAAUGACUUCACAGUUGCUUCAUGGACUUUCUUUACUGUAACAGGCAGCAUUUGUGUUCUCUCUGCACAUAGGAUAAGUAUGUUUAAUCCAUGCUUCCCUUCAGCCUUUGGUCUCACACUGUUCCUUAAGAAAAGCUGUUGUUGUAUUUAUACCAGUUCCAAGCUGCUGAAGCUGGGUGUGUGAUAUCCAACCACGCCAGGGUGUGCAGUGCAGGAGGGGGCCCGGGCUGCAAUGGCAUUUUCAGAGGCCAGCCCCGCGCUGUGCUGCAGCCCCUGUCCCCGUGGCGCUGCCUGGGGGUUUUGAGCAGGGCCCUGCAGUCACACAGUCACCUCUUGGAGGCUGUGCCACGCAGGGAGCUGCAGCCACCCUCCCUGCCAGGGCGGGAAUCCCGACACUCCAUGCCUCCCGAGGGAAUGGAGGGGCAGAGGAUGCUAAUGUGGAAAACUCUAAACCCUGCCUUUUGUGGUGAUUAAAAACUUCCUUCAUGUUGCCUCUGUUGUGUCUUACCGUCCAGGAGAAGGUUGAGUUUGUCAUCCAUGCCUGGUACCUCACAUUCUAAACUGUAAACAGAACAAUCCACGACUAAAACCCACACGCCCCAGAUUUUAGCUCAGUCCUACUGUUCAAGAGAAUGAUUAAAAAUAGUAAUUUUGUCAAAAGUGCAUCUCCCUUUAAUCUGUAACUUCAGUUUGUUCAGCACCUUUGUUUAAAAUGUAUGUUUUCACAUAUUUAAAAUGCCUGAGUUUUAAUUUCUCUGUAUUAAGUGCAUUUACUAUCAAUAAUUUAAAGACCAUUCCUUGCCAAUGGAUGUAUAGAGUUCUGAGAGAAUACCAAAAUUAUAUAAUAUGAAAAUCUAUGUAAAGUUUUCUACAUGAAAUACGAUGUAUAAUAGUUAUACUAUUCCAUGCUUUAAUCAAGUGAUAAAUCAAUAAAGUUUUACGAAGUGU